AUGGCGCCAUUCGCGCUUGACUGGCCCACCGCGGCGGUCAUCCUUGGCCUCGCCGCCUUCCGGAUCCGCGCGGGACAUGUCCCAACACCAACACCAACGGUCAUCGCGACCUCGGCCCCAGCAAUACAGGCUGUUGCAACCCCGGUUCCGAGCACGAGUCCCAGCCCCGUCGUACCCGUGUUCCCCUCUGCUCCGGCCGCGUCUCUGGUGAGCCCGUGUCCUACGCCCCCACUGGAGAUUGUGCCGCCGAGCCUGGUUGGCUUUGCCGAGGAGAAGGCCCAGCAGGUGCAAGACGAGCAAGACGAGCAAGACAGGACGGCAACUCGUAUCCUCGCGCCGACGCCUGUACAGGUUCAGCGGGUGGCCAGUAGUCUUCCUUGUGCUGCUGAGUACAACGAGACACCCAGGCGCAGUCCCCUUCAACCUCUGGACACCGAUUUCCGCGAAGUUGAGGUCCCGUAUACUCCUCCCUCUGUCCCCCACCCGUCAAGCUCGGCCUCAGACUGGCGCGCUCAGCGUGACACGUCCGCUUCAUCCUACUCAUCUGGACCAUCCGCGUCAGCAACGGCCUCUGUGACCUCGUCCCAGUCGCCCGUGGUGCGCCCGUUCGCAGCUCAAGCGUCCCCCGCGACGUCUACACCGGGUACCAGCCAUGAACGGCCCUCGAAGAAGUUUGAGCUAGGAAAGAAGCGCGGUGACUUCCAUUGCAAGGACUGUGACAGGUGGUAUGGCACACAGAAUGCGUUGUUGCAGCACAAAAUCGACAGCCACAUGCUUAAGUCGGACCGCAGCGACAUUGGUCGUCCUUUCCCCAAACACCAGGUGCAAUUCCACUGCCCGCUGUGUACGAAGGCGUACAAUACCGACGCACACCUUCAGCAACAUUUGGCGCACGUCCACAUGGUCAUUGAGCAGCAGAAAAAUCAGGAGUGGUCGUCUGGGUCUGGAACUGGCAGCACUAGGAAGGAUGCCAAGGCUACCAAGCCUGAUCCUCAGGUGAUGUCGUCUCCGGCCUCUCAGAUGAAGACGUAUGCCGAGCGUGCUCUGGAACGCGCAGCACGGCGCCGCGGCGAGGUUCCCAACGGCCGACCCAGCACCCCCGAGAGGCACUUUGCCUGUCCCUCGUGUCGCGCCACGUUCUCCACCACAGACGAGUUGACGGCACACGCUGCCGAUCCCUUUGCCCAUGGCUCGCAAGAUAGCCCGCAUUGGCCAUCCCUCGAGCGCGGCAGGCAAGAGGGUACGGAGCCUCCUCCUCCGCCCGCCGCCGACGAUUGGGAAGCCCUUGCCCGUGAAGGCCGCAACCCUCUUCCUCCGCUCACUGUCACGCGUUUGACUGCCAACCUCGGUGGUAUCAAGGCUCGUGUGGGCCACUCGUGGGCUGAUUCGGACGAGGAGGGCGAAGAGGCAAGCGACCGCCUGCCCGAGACGCCUCCCCAUGUCUCGCGGCACAUUCGCAGCAACUCUGUGCCAUGGGGAGGUCCCGAUUCUCCGGCAGCCUCUCUUAUCGCCGUUGAGGAGCUUGAGGUCGCCAGUGUAGUGAGCACGGAUGACUGGCGCCGCACGCACGCCGCCACGCCGCCGCCGCCCGCCAGCCCCGACGUGACUUUUGCGAGUAACGCUGCUCUCGACUCUUCACCCGAGAGGAGCCCGCGCCUCGCUCUGGCACUGGACAUUGCGCCCGAGAUUGAGAUCCAGCCCGCCAUGUCUCCCGAGGUGGUGAUGGCUGUUCUGGAGAUUGAGACGCUGGUACAUGCCGAGCCCAGGACUGCCGCCGAUGUCUCGCCUGAGAUCGCCAAGGCGGUUCUGAAGACGCCAGCAAAGCAUGGCAACGACCUCCUCCUCCUCAAGACCCCAGCUCGCGUGGCAGAUAACAGUGCGGGAGGGUUCACCCCAGGUUUCACCCCUGGUGCAUCCGUCGAUGCUGCUGGCGCGGGUGAGUCGCCGGGAUUCUCCUUCACGCCCACCCCGCACAAGUUCUCGUGGUCGCGCUCGCACUCGCACGACACCACCCCGUCUCGGCGUGGAAGCCAGCCGCAGUCGCCUGCGUCCCCCGCGUCCCCGGCCCCCGAGUCGCCGAGCCGCUCCGUCUCGCCGGCAAAGUCCUGGGCUGUGCCUCUGGAGCGCAUCACCUCGACCACCUCGAACGCCAGCCACGUCUCGAACGCGUCCCACGCGUCCGCCUCGUCAAGCUCCAUCUGGGGCCCACACGCGGGCGCAGGCAAGUACUUUCGGGGCGGACUCGUCCUCGACGCCCCGCCCAGCCCAGCCAACGAGCCGGCGCCCGGCGCCGGUGCUGGAGCCACGUACUCUGCCACGUCGGGCAAGAAGGUGCUCCCCGGUUGGGAAAACUGGCCCAUCCAGGCGCAGCACGCGCCGACGUCCCAGUCCCCCGCGGUCAGCCACGCCGCGGCCGCCAACGCGGCUAUGGAGCCGUCCAAGGCCGUAGCCAAGGCCAAUGCGGACAAGGAGAACCGCAAGCCUGCCGCCGUGCCACAGUACGGGACCAUCACGCAGAUCAAAAAGGCCACGCCGCCCCCGCAGGCCCCGCAGCCGCAGCAGCAGCAGCCAAAGCCCAAGGCCAAGCCCGCCCCUCUGACAGCCGCGACGGGCCCCAAGUCCCAAGCGUCCAGCGGCGGCAAGGUCCCCAACCCGUCCUUUACGGUGCCCCGCGGCGGCGUGCAGCCGAUCUACGACGGCUGGAUGUCCCUCGACGACGCGGCGCGCCACCGCGCCGCGUCCCCCGCCAGCUCCGCCACCAACUCGAACGGCACGUCCACGCGCGGCCCGCGUUCCAAGGCUGGCCACAAGGUCAAGGCGGAGCGAGCCGCCGCCGCCGCGGGCGACAACAAGCCCAAUGGCAAGAAACCCAAGUGGGACAAUGGCGCCGGCGCCGGCGCUGCCGCCAAGGCUGGUGGUUCGUGGAGUGCGCCCGCGCCCGCGCCCGUCCCCGCCGCCGCGGCUGCGGACGACGACGACAUGUAUGGGGGUUGGGUGUAA